AUGUCAAAAAUCACUUAUCAAGAUGUCCUAGACAUCUGGUUCGGCCCCAGGUCCUCCCCAACCUACCUACAAAAGAAAUCCUUCUGGUACGGUAACAGCGCCACCGACGACGCCUACGUUCGCGACCAUCUGGGAGAAGCAUAUCAAGCAGCGAAAGACGGCAAACUUAACGACUGGAUCCAGACUUCCCAAGGAGAAGGAGCAUUAGCUCUGAUUAUUCUGCUGGACCAAGUACCCCGGAAUAUGUUCCGGGGCACUCCGCAGGCCUAUGCUACGGACUCUAAGGCCAUCGCAGUGGCUCGGCAGACCGUCGAAAGGGGCUGGGAUAAGGGGAUGCCUACGAUUCAGAGACGGUAUAUAUAUUCGCCACUUAAUCAUUCGGAGAGUAUGGAGGAUCAGACACUGUCCUUGAAGUUGUUUACGGAGCUGGGGGAUAGCCAUCAUUUACGGUGGGCGCAGGACUUUUAUAAUCAGAUUAAACGGGAUGGGCGGUUUGUCCAUCGAGAUCAGAUUCUUGGACGAUAA